GGGCCCAGGCCUGUCCUACCUCUCUCUCCAGCCACAUGGCUCCCCUCCCCCUCCCCCCCCCCCAGCUCGGCCGGGCAGGGGGGGGUCUGCUCACUCUCAAGCGGGACUCCAAGAGGAAGUUCCCCUGGGAGAUCACAGCUUUUAACCCCUGUGUUCUCAGAGGCGUAUCCUGCCCUCAGUGGACAAACCAGGUGCCAAUAUUAAAUCUGAACACUGAUUGGCUUGCCCACACCAUCACAAAAAACUUCAUUUCCUUUCAAACCACGACACUGAGAAACAACUUGAAAGGCAAUAUGAAACAUUGACAAGAUGGCUGGAUUCAGAAAUGAUGGUGAUAGACAGCAGGAACGCUGGGAUAGGUCAGGCUAGAGCCAAGAAAUGCAGUGAACUGCCCUUUGUGGCUCCCCAGCUGAGGGAGAGAGGGUCCAAUACUUGACAUCUCACUAAGAACACAUUGCAAGAGGAUCCACUUCGAGCCAACAGGCAGCCUCUGGUUUAUGUGCCCACCGUCUUGACCAGAAUGGGAGUGUCAGAGGGGUUCUGGCUGCCACCUGGAGCUAUCUGGGAAGACUUGAAGGAGUUGGCAGACAUACAGUACCCACAGCCUCAGCACCUCGUGCUCUGCAUCCCUGGUGCCCUGUUAUUUAUCUUUGUCCAAAGCAUCUUUGAAAGAGCCCUGACUCUGCCCUUGGGCCGCAUUGGGGUGAGCGACACACAAAGGCCCAAAGUUCAGACCAAUGCCACCCUGGAAGGCUUCUACAUUCUGCUGGGCAGUACCCCAAAGAAGGAGGACCUGGUUGCACUAGCCAAGCAAAGUGACCUGCCUGUCAGAAAGGUGGAGACCUGGUUCAGGCACCAGUGGGCCCAGGACCACCCCAGACUGAUGAAGAAGUUCUGUGAGGCCAGUUGGAGACUUACAUUUUAUUCCACCUCAUUAUUCUCUGGACUGCCUCUUCUGUAUGAUAAGCCCUGGGUUUGGGACCACACCAUCUGCUGGUUGAAAUUUCCACAACAGCCUCUGCCACCCAUAUUGGGCUGGCUCUACCUCCUGGAGCUCUCCUUCUACUGCUCCCUGAUGGCCACCCUGCCCUUUGAUUUGAAGAGGAAGGACUUUAGGGAGCCAAUUGUCCACUGCGUUGCCACCUUCACUCUGAUCUUUGUCACCAACUGUGCCAGUAUGAUAUGGUUUGGGAUGAUAGUCAUGCUGGUCCAUGAUGUCUCUGAUUAUAUUUUAGAGGGAAAUUUUUUUUCUCUACAGCUUGCCAAGAUACUCCACUACCUGAAAUGGAAGUGGGUCUGUGAAGCAGUAUUCAAUGUUUUUGCUGUGGUUUUCAUCAUCUCCCAGCUUGUCAUUUUCCCAUUAAUUGUAUAUUAUUAUUUCAUUGCAAAAGUUUGGUUGUUCCCCAUAAGCUGUCUCAUAAAUGCUUUCCUGGUGAUCCUGAAGUUGUUACACAUUUUCUGGUCCUAUGUGAUCAUUCAGAUGAUCUUCAAUGUCAUCCUCUGUGGUGAGUGUGGUGAGGUAUGAAAAGUCUUUGUCUCCUUUGGGCCACCGCUACUCAUGAGAUAAUGUGAGGUUCGGGGUGACUCCUACUUGCCGGCAGAAAGGAAGGAGAGAAAUGAGAUUGCCCCACAAACAGCCCAACAGCUUCUUAAGGCUAUGUUGGGAGUUGUAUGGAUACCUUAUCUCACAAAGAUCAGAGCAGGAGCUCACUUCUAGCUUGCAGCUAUGUUCUAGUGACAUGAGAGGCAUCCACAGACCUUUCUCUUCACUGCCUAAUGGCUUCUCAGUAUGUAGUAUCAGAGAACUGCAACCUGUUGGUAUGUCCAAAGAGGAGUAAGGAAGGAACAACCUGGUAAGCCUGGUAGAUAGCACACUGUGUAUUUGCAUCUCUGAGUUUUGGGUGCCUUCCACAGGCUCUUGGUGCAUGCUAGAGUUUGUAUAGGGAUCUCUAGGAUGACUGUCAUCAGAGAGGGCAGCUCCCUAGCCUGCCUUGCUAACAGAGGGAGAUGACAUUGAGGGAGCAUCUAAGAAGAUUUGUGAAAGCUUUGAGGACCUGUGGUCAAAAAAACCCACCAUGUUGGUGCUAUGCCUUCAACUUUCUUGAGUUACCCCUUCAUCACAGCUAAAAAACAAGAAAAAGCCGUUUUUCUGAGGAAAUUAUGGAGGAUACCGUACUAGUUUGAAAACAAACUUGUGGGAGCUUCCAAGUCAGAACUACAGUUUAAUAGGAAAAUUAAAAUAAAGGUAGAUGUAAUAUAUGUUAUGAAAUAAUUCAUGCUUAUGUAAAAUAUACAUGAAAUAAGUUGUUAAUAAGUUGUGCCUGUGUGAGAAAAUCUUUAAAGUUUAAAACCACAGACACUCAGAGAAAAGGAUUGCCUCACAAAAUUGCAAAACCCCAGAUGGCAGCAAAGGGAGAAGACCUAAUUAGCAAGCGAAAAACAUAGCCCAAGUGGAGCAAUGAAUACUUGAUAAGUAUCUACAAUCAAGAUAGCCAGAGUCUCAGGAACUUGCAUCAAAAUGCCAAAUUCCUGUAACUCAACUUCAUCGCUUCCCAGAAACUGCUUUGUCCAGCCCUGCACAGAGGAAGGAGACUGCAUGAAUAUGCAAAGCAACAAAAAGAAUAGAAGAACCUCUGCCUGAGGCGGGAAAAACUGUACAAAACCAACCCUACAGAGACAGCAUGCUUGAACUGUGGGGAUCUGAUGGGAUAGAGGUCAGAUCAGGGUUCACACAGUGCUUAUCCUGGGCUUGACGCUGUCCCUUUGAUUAUGGCUAUUGGAGACCGUAUCUCGGUUGCAAAAUAAAAAAUCUAUAUUAUUAUUAUUAA